AUGGAGGCGGAGAAGGAUGAAUCCGAGGAUGAAGACAUGGAGGAUGAUGGGGCCGAUGACCGUCCCAUCUACAAUCCCUUGAACCUGCCUUUAGGCUGGGAUGGAAAGCCUAUUCCGUUUUGGCUUUACAAGCUCCACGGCAUGGGCAUCGAGUACAAGUGCGAAAUUUGUGGUAACUAUUCCUAUUGGGGUCGUCGGGCCUUCGAGAGGCACUUCCAGGAGUGGAGACACGCCUUCGGCAUGCGAUGUCUCAAGAUUCCCAACACGGCACACUUCAAGGAAAUCACCAAGAUUGAGGAAGCCAUCACGCUCUACGAAAAGCUGAAGCGUGAUGCAGAGGAACAGACCUUCCGGCCUGAGCAGGCCACUUGCGGUCACUUGCGAAGUGGAAGCACGGACGGUGGCUGA